AUGUUUCCGCUGCAUCUUUUGACGUUUUCGUCAUCCAUUCUUCUAGUUUACAUCUUGGUUUGCUGGUUCACGUAUUUUGAUCUGCAAAGUGGCAGUUGCUAUUUGGACACUGCGCUUGAAACACACACUUGUGAGGACAGCCAGUAUAACUGUGGGGAUUCUAGCCAUCAAAAUUUGAGGUUCCCUUUUCAGUUUGAUGGAGAUAAUUCAAAUCCCUGCAGGUAUCCCCAUUUUACUUUUUCUUGUCUGCAUAACCGGACGGUACUAUAUCUAGACAGCUUUUACACUUCAGAAAAACAGUACUACUAUGUAGAUGUGGACAGCUUCAAUUUUCAAAAUCGGACAAUUCGUGUGAUUGAUCCUGGUUUACAGAAGGGCAAUUGUUCCAGUCUUCCGUUGUACCCGAUACAGCAUCAAUAUCUGUAUUCGGCUUAUUCGGACGGCAGAAACUUAUGGCUCGGUUUGCGUAUAAGUGAUGAGGCUGAGGACACGGUGGUGUUCAUGAGCUGUGGGAACCCAGUGAAGAAUUCUCAAUCAAACUCCACAUUUCAUCGACUAAUAGACACUGCAUCCUGUAGUGCCAGUGCUUGGUAUUUUCCCACCAAAAGUGCCAAUACUAGUCAUGAUUAUGUCAUGGUUGGUCGAAAUCUUGUUCCUUAUGAUAUUCCAGAGUCGUGCACCAUCAAUAAAAUCCUUCCAGUUCAGAUUCGUGAUGAGUUUCUCCUCAGCAACAAAACAGCUGAUCAUGACGACGUUGCAUUUGAACACAUACACAAUCUUUUGGCCGAUGGCUUUCAACUCCAGUGGGCAUGGGCGUCAGGGUCAGGCCUUAGCACUCCAGGUUUCAGGCUCCUCUUCCUCUCUGAAUCCACCACCAAGAGAAGAAGGAACAAAAAACUCUUCAGAUUACUCAAUUUUUCGACUUUUCGAACAAAUUAUUCUGCACCUAUGAGGCUGAGAAGGAAAUCGGCCGCCAAUUCUGCUUCAAAGUCUGCAUCUUUUUCUUUGUAUUCACCACCGUCCUCCUCCUCUGCAUCUUCAAGUUCAUCGAUCACCGUCAACUCAUUGUUGGCAUCCUCCAUAGAUUCAUCAUCCAGUAGCUCCGCCGACCCCCCAUAUCUUUCAUCUACUUCAGCCACCUCGGAGAAGCGAUGCCAAGGCCUUGAUCUGCUUGUCAAGGCGAUUCAUCUGGUUACGGCCGGGUCGGUUGUUGGAGUUCCCUAUAUCCAAAGAAGAGUUGUCCAGAGGAGAAGAAGAGCGUUGAAGUUCAAUGGGUUUGGAUUUGUUGUGACCCAAUUGAGUAGGCAGCAUCAAGAAGAAGAAGGGGUGAAAGAAGAAUUGCAUAUCAAGACGAGAUCAAUGCUCAAACGGCAAAGUAGGAUGAUGGGUUUUCCAUAA